CGUUCAAAUUAAUUUAACGCUCGAAGCGCCCUCGUCCUGCUCCAAAUUUUCGAAAUUUCAAUGUGACAAUUCAAUUUUUGAGGUCAAAAUUUCAGUAAAAUGUCUGGUGCCGACCGACUGAACGUUUUCCCGUCACAAGGGACUCACAUGAUGAUGAAACAUCGUCUCGCAGGAGCCCACCGAAGCCACGGUUUACUAAAACGCAAAAUCGAUGCGCUCCAGUACCGCUUUCGGAUGAUUUUAAGAAAGAUAAUUGAAACAAAAAGCCUGAUGGGUGAUGUAAUGAAAGAGGCAGCUUUCUCGUUAACGGAAGCCAAAUUUGCAAACCCCGAUUUCGUCCUUAUGGUCAUCCAUACAAUCCCAAAGAAAUCCUUUGUUAAAAUUAAAACACACACCGAAAACGUUGCAGGUGUGUGUUUGCCCCAAUUUGAGUAUGUCACUGAAGGGAGUGAUAGUUUCGGCCUGGCUGGUUUAUCCAGAGGCGGCCAACACGUAGCCAGACUCAAAAAAAGUUUCCAAGAGGCGGGAAAAUUACUCGUCGAUUUAGCCACUCUCCAAACAUCUUUUCUCACACUUGACGAAGUUAUCAAAGUCACUAAUCGGAGAGUGAACGCAAUUGAGUAUGUAAUAAUCCCGAAAAUCGAACGUACUGUGAAGUACAUCAUUUCCGAGUUGGACGAGCUAGAACGCGAAGAGUUCUACCGUUUGAAAAAAAUCCAAGAUAAGAAAAAAUUAAAAGCAAAACGCGAAGUCGAAUUUCAGAAGCGAAAACAUUUUUUGGAAGCGGCCGCCGCUUGGGAAGUGGACGACGAUGACCUUAUUUUUUGAUUAAAUAAACUUUUUCGAUUUUUUA